AUGGUUGUGAGGGUUGCUAUGAGAGAUGGAAAUAGACGGAUUUCGUCGGAGAUGGGAACGGAUGUCGACAUUAAGAAAGAUAGAAGAAGACACUUACUGUCGGACACUCUCUCUCUCUCUUUCUCUCUGAUACGACAUACCAUGGCGGACCAAAUGUCUGAUGACGACGAAAGCCGGCAAUCUCCGCAGUCGGAUCUUGAUUUCACUUCCAACAAGGCGAGGAACUGCAUCGCGACCGGGUCGGUGUCUGGUCAUCCCGAGUUCCGGUUACCGUAUCCGGAUCAGGUUCUGGAGAACGUGUUGGAAAACGUCCUCCACUUCCUCCCGUCGAGGCGGGACCGGAACGCCGCCUCAUUGGUGUGCAAGUCGUGGUAUCGCGUGGAGGCGCUCACCCGAUCCGAGCUUUUCAUAGGGAACUGCUACGCGGUUUCGCCGACUCGGGCCACCUCUAGGUUUCCCAGGGCGAGAGCACUUCAUCUGAAAGGGAAGCCCAGGUUCGCGGACUUCAAUCUUAUGCCUCCCGAUUGGGGUGCCCACUUCAAUCCUUGGCUGCUGUCUUUCGCCAAGGCCUUCCCUUGGCUGGAAAAAGUUUACCUGAAGCGUAUGUCCGUGACGAACGAUGAUCUGGCUACAAUGGCCGAGUCAUUUUCGGGGUUUAAGGAUCUCGUUCUCGUUUGCUGUGAUGGAUUUGGAACUAGUGGCCUCGCCAUUUUUGUUAGCAAGUGCAGAGAGCUUAGGGUGCUUGAUCUGAUCGAAUCCGAGGUUGCAGAUGAUGAGACAGAUUGGAUAUCCUGUUUCCCUGAGUGUGAAUCGCAGCUCGAGUCAUUGAUAUUUGAUUGUGUAGAAUCCCCGAUAAAUUUCGAGGCACUAGAAAAGCUGGUGGCUAGAUCUCCUUCACUUAAGAAGCUUAAGCUAAAUCGACAUGUUUCAAUUGGACAGCUAUACCAAUUGAUGGUUCAAGCUCCACAGGUCACACACCUUGGGACAGGGUCCUUUAGCCCAUUAGAGGUUGAUAUGCAAGAUGAUCAAGAACCAGAUUAUGUCACCGCUUUUGCUGACUGCAAAUCUUUAGUUUGCCUCUCCGGGUUUAGGGAAAUAGUUCCAGAUUAUCUACCUGCAGUUUACCCUAUUUGUGCAAACCUCACAUCUCUGAAUUUCAGCUAUGCCAACAUAACUGCUGAACAACUUAAGCCAAUUAUAAGCAACUGCCACAAGCUUCAGGUUUUUUGGGUCCUUGAUUCAAUUCGCGAUGAGGGACUUCAAGCAGUGGCUGCAACAUGUAAGGAAUUACGUGAGCUUCGGGUUUUCCCCGUUGAUGCUCGGGAGGAUAGUGAUGGCCUUGUUUCUGAAGUGGGCCUCCAAGCUAUUUCUGAGGAUUGUAGGAAAUUGCAAUCUAUUCUGUAUUUCUGCCAGAGGAUGACUAAUGCAGCUGUUAUAGCAAUGUCCAAAAACUGCCCAGAUCUUGCUGUUUUCCGGCUGUGCAUAAUGGGACGUCACAGGCCUGAUCAUGUGACUGGGGAACCUAUGGACGAUGGUUUUGGAGCCAUUGUUAAGAAUUGUAAGAAGCUCACUCGCCUUGCUGUAUCUGGUUUACUGACAGAUAAAGCUUUCGAGUAUAUUGGAAGAUAUGGGAAAUUGGUAAGCACAUUGUCAGUGGCUUUUGCUGGAGACAGUGACAUGGGACUUAAAUAUGUGCUUGAGGGCUGUCCACAAUUGAAGAAGCUUGAAAUUAGAGAUAGUCCAUUUGGUGACGCUGCACUGUGUUCCGGUUUGCAUCACUACUAUAACAUGAGGUUCCUUUGGAUGUCUUCAUGUAGAGUAACUCGUCAAGGUUGCCAGCAGAUUGCUUGUGCCAUGGCUCGCCUAGUGGUUGAAGUGAUUAGAUCCGCUGAUGAGGAAGACAUGGAUGACUGUGUUGAAACAUUAUACAUGUAUCGAUCUCUUGUAGGGCCAAGAAAUGAUGCACCGAAAAUCGUGACCAUCUUGUAGGCAAAUGUGGUGCGGAAAGCUAUUUGAUUUUUCUCACUGUGGAACCAAAUACCAAGCAAGUUAAACUAUCUCACGGGGAAUUUCGAUAUGCUCAUGUGGUGCAUCUCUCAAGUAUAUGUGAAGGUCCCAACAUUCCCACAAGCAAAGUUGCGUAAAUAACAUCCGGUUCAGGCUCGGGCUGAUACAAUGGAAUUGAAAGAAAACUCCCGGUGAGAGACGGCUUUCUCUUUGGAUUGGUUCUUUUGAAGGACUUCAGAUAAGGACUAGUGCAGAAAAUUGAUGUCUUUGCAAGCUUUUGGACCAUUAGAUGUUGUUCUGGUGCUGGUGGUGCGCAUUUAAAUUUUUAUGUUUCUUUUGUUUAUUUCAUAUUCAUUUUAUCUUAGUCUAAGUUGGCGAGAGAAGGGAGGUUAUCGAACAAAAAUGGAGGGGCAAAUACGUGUUUUUGGGCCAAAUUGCCUUGUCCUUUGAUGGAGGUAUGAGAUGAUUGUUGAAGAUUCUGAGACUUGAAAUAUAUUUGAGAAUUGAAAACUUAGGGGUUUGAAGAAAAAGAA